UGUUGUCCCACCGUGCAUCCUGAUCUGCAUCGCAUCAGCAUCAGCAUUGCAUUGCAUUCUGCAUUCAUAAAUCCCUCCUGCCGUCGCUCAACUCAGCCUCGACAUCUGCUCAUCAAUUCAUUUUAUACACGAUAAAUAUGGUCAUCCAAUAUAAGUUCUAUCAGCCUCCAGGUGGCGAGUCCUCUCAUUGAACCAAUGUGUUCUGUCGAUUUCGUACAAGCAAUAUAAGCCGAUCAUGGCAUCCACAUCUCAUGUCCGCCCUGCCACCAUCCCAAAUCAAAGACGAUGCUUCGUCACCAUCGGCGCAACCGCCUCCUUUAGAUCCCUAAUCUCCGUCUGCUUACAGCCAUCUUUUGUCCAGGCGCUUGACAAGCACGGGUUUACGGAGCUCCGCAUUCAAUAUGGGAAAGGAGGGCAGGAGCUAUUUGAUGACUUGUCGAAAGGGCUGAACCAAGCGGCUCUAGGAACUUGGGUAGAGAUCUCGGGGUUCGACAUAAAUGUUAAUGGUCUUACAUCUGAGCUGAGGGCCGUCAAGGCAUCUCAAGACGUCAGCGAAGGACUGGUGAUUAGUCAUGCCGGCUCUGGCACAAUCCUUGACGCAAUGCGGCUCGACGUGCCGUUGAUCGUUGUCCCAAACCCGGAGUUGCUCGAUAACCAUCAAAUCGAGCUUGCCGAAGUCUUUUCGGACCAGGGCUAUCUGGUCUAUGGAGAGUUGAGGAACCUCCCGAAAGCGUUGGAUGACUCGAAGUUGCUUCGGAGGAAGCAGAAAGAGCAGAUUAAUGUGAACACCGGGAGACCAGUAGUUCCGGUUGAGCCACGCAGCAUCAUGGAGUAUGAAAUGGGGUUCUCGCUUGAGUAGAGGAGGUGUACGAUUGGCGUUUGGAUUACUAUGCGAUUUGGGAAUACGAUAACUACAAUAAGCGCGCAGAAGUUUGAAAGAGCUAAACGAAAAGACUAACCAAGUCGGUGAUUAUUCCUCAAAAGUUUAUCCACAUUCAACGAGAAUAGUCGCGCAAUUCAUAUUUUGAAUGUCGAUCCGAGCGUUCCCGAAUUGGACAACAUUCAGUCCAACUACCUGCGCCUCAUAUUCUAAUCCGGGUUGAUCCGCGUCCUCUACUUCCUUCACAGUUAGUGUCAAUGAAAUAGUUCAAACACAAAGCAAUUUGUGGCC